GAACAUGAGGGUACGUGACAUGCCAACUUUGGGCGGAACCAUGGAUGCAGACGAUGUCAUAUAAAAUUUUAGUGCUAGUAUACUAGCAAGACUUGAUAAGGGCAUUGCAACGAUCAUUCACACUAUCGAAGCACUCAAAGCACGUGUUUUGAAUGCUCUGUCGUCUAUGGCCUCCAUCCCUAUUUAUGUAGUCGGUCCAUUUCAGCUACUUAUUGAUCGAAAAUUCACGUGGUCUGUUUGCCCAUCCCAACUCAGAGCCACAUCGGUGCGAUGCUCAAACUCGUGACGCUCCUCCACCACCAAGCCCUCUGCAUCACCUUCGUCAACACGGAGUUCAACCACAAGCGCAUGCUCGACGCCGAAGGCCCGAUGUUUCUGAGCGAUCUCCCUGUUGGAUUACAAUUUGUGGCGAUACCCAACCUGCUUCCACUGUUAGAGGCAACGCUACGCGAGAUAAUGUCUCCCUGUGCUAGUUCACCAGGGUUCCUCAUGGGAGCUCCAUUCUGCACUCUCGUCGGAGAUCUGAAAGAGAUGGCGGGUUCUGGUUCGGGCUUAAUCCCACCAGUCUCUUGCCUCAUGGUGGACGGUUUCAUGACAUUCUGGCCUAUCCGGCCAGUGAGAAGUUCGGGAUCCCCGUCGUGAACUUGUGGACUAUUGCGGUCUGUGCCCUGAUGGGGCUCAUGCAUUAUCCUAAGCUCAAGGAAAAAGGUUUAACGCCACCAAAGGGUAAGCCAUGUUAAUCAGAAAACUUUCAAUGUCAGAACAUUUUCCUAAGCACACAUUUUUGCAAAGCACACGGAAAGAAAAAUUUUCAAUUAUAUUUUUUAUAUGCAAUAAUAUCUUUUUUAGGUAAAAUUCUAGUUAUAUUUUUCAACAUGAAUUGAUUCAAGUGUUUCAGUGUUUAUUCUCUUAAAGUAAGAUUUCGAAUUUAAAUCUUAUAAAUAGAUCCAAAUUAUGAAAGUUUAUGACUUCGUGGAUCUAUUGAACUUCCGAAUAUCAGACUUCACGCCAAAAUGAAGUACUGCUCCGUAUCUAAGGAAGGCGAAGACUUACCAUUGGUUGUAGCUUUCAACCAAUAAUUGGAACGGUACCCUUAAAUAAGCCCAAUGCUAAUACGUAUACGUAUAUAUAUAUAUAUAUAUAUAUAUAUAUAAGUUUUUGGCCCAAUUUAUUGGACGAAUUCAUUUUCAUACAUAAUUAUAUCAUUUUUUAUGAUAAUUAUUCACACUUUAAAACAUCAAUUUUCUUAUUAAUAAUAGUAACAAUCUCCAAUUAUUAAUUUUAAUUUUCAAAUAAUAAUCUUUAAUUUUUUGGUUAAAAACUAGAAUAACUUAACUAUUAUAAUAACGAUUUUCAACUAAUCAUCUCAAUAGAUAAGCACUGUAUAUUUAAAUUAUUUAUUAAUGCAAAUUUAUCACACGUGUUAAGUUUAAUAAUUACAAUAAAAAUUCAUUUCCUUUUUUAUUUAGAAUUU